AUGGCUCGCAUGUCUCAAUUGUCAAAGCGCUCGGUCGCGGGACUCUACUGCCACCUUCCGAAGAGCAGCGCGCUACAGAGACGUCACAUCGCCAAUGUUACCCGUAGGCCCUUCUUCCAGCGCACAUUCAGCGCGCUCGCACUCGGCUCAGCAAUCGCAGGCCUCGCAACAUACGGUUACUCGAAUCGCACGCACCCUGGUUGGAUUCCCAUCCGAUAUUUGCACAAUGAUAGCUCUACCGACGUCUCCGAAUGGCCCAAAGGCCCCGCGGAGAUCGCACCGCGCCGCCAGACCCGGGAUACUGGGGAAAAGGGCCAGUAUGGCAAAGAUGAGGGCAAGCCGGGUCAGCAGGCUCCGCCGUCUCAGUCUCGCAUAGCUACGGAAAAGGGCGAGAAAGAAGCAACUCCCGAGUCUACCUGGGAUGGAAUUAUGAUGUCCAUUUCCACCAUUCCGGAAACCCUCUCAUCCUUUGGCGGGUCGCUUUCGGAUUACCUGGUUCCGGAUUGGGUCAAGAUAUUGCCAGAGUUUAUGACCAAGCUUCAAACGGAACUUUCCAUGGCACCUGGGUCCUUAGCAGAUGAGAUCUGGCAGGAAGCGAACGACCCCGAGAUCAAUCCUGAAAUUCUGUGGGAUGCGCGCGUCCGUAUCUCCAAUGAGCUGUGCGAUGAGGAGAAGCUAUUCUUGCGGAAACGCAAGUUGCAUGUACGCCGCGCUCUCGCCAAGUAUCUAGGUUUGGAUGAGAAAGACAUCCAUCCAGACGACGUGCCGACCAUCGCCAUGUGUGGCUCUGGAGGCGGGUUGCGAGCGUUGGUUGCCGGCUCAUCCUCGUACCUUUCCGCUCAAGAAGCGGGGUUGUUUGACUGUAUUACGUAUACUGCUGGCGUCAGCGGAAGCUGUUGGCUUCAGACGCUGUACUAUUCUUCUAUCGCAGGGCAGAGCCAUGAACGACUGAUCAAUCAUUUGAAGCAUCGGCUUGGCGUGCACAUUGCCUACCCUCCUCCGGCACUGGCAAUGAUCAACAGUGCUCCCACAAACAAAUUUCUUCUCAGCGGUGUCGUUGAGAAGUUCCGUGGUGUUCCGGGAGCAGAUUUUGGCAUAGUGGACAUCUACGGUCUUCUCCUUGCUGCGCGUCUCAUGGUGCCAAAAGGAGAGCUGGACCUUGAUGACCGUGACUUGAAACUGUCCAACCAGCGCCGGUUCGUUGAUAACGGUGCUAACCCACUGCCCAUCUAUACCGCUGUCAGACACGAAAUACCGCAUGAGGAGGGCCAAUCUCAAGAAGAUGCUAAUGAAGCCAACAAAAACAACGAUGCUUGGUUCCAGUGGUUCGAGUUUACACCGUACGAGAUGUGGUCCGAAGAACUCACAGCCGGCAUUCCCACCUGGGCUAUUGGCCGUGAAUUCAAAGAUGGUAAAGGCCAAUGGAGAGAAAAUGGCCUCGCCCUCCCGGAGCUUCGCAUCCCGCUUUUCUUGGGCAUCUGGGGCAGCGCUUUCUGUGCAACACUGUCGCAUUACUACAAGGAAAUCCGGCCUGCGAUGCAGGGACUGGCCGGUUUCAUGGGGAUCGACCAGAUGAUCAUGGAGCGCGAUCAUGACCUCGUCAAGAUGCAUCCCAUUGACCCUGCCGUUAUUCCUAACUAUGCCCUCGGGUUACGCGACUAUCUGCCUCAUUCAUGCCCGGAGAGCAUGUUCACGGCGUCGAACUUGCAAUUGAUGGACUCUGGCAUGAGCAACAACCUGCCCAUCUACCCGCUUCUCCGCCCCGGUCGCGAUGUGGACAUUAUCAUAGCCUUCGAUGCUUCGGCUGAUGUCAGGACUGACAACUGGCUCAAAGUUGCGGAAGGCUAUACUAAGCAGCGCGGGAUUGUCGGCUGGCCUGUCGGUGCUGGCUGGCCGCCUGCAGACGAGUCCAGAGACCAGAUUGGCGCAGAGCUGAAGGCAGCGCAGGCUGGGACAGAGGGACAGGCCGCUGAGAAGCUUGCUGAAGCGCAGGAGAAGCAGCUUUUAGAAGAUAAGGGAAAGGAGCACGGUGAUCUCGGCUACUGUAACGUUUGGAUUGGCACGACGGGGCAGAGAGUAUCCGAGGAAGAACCGUCACCAUCAACAGCCAAGCAAGUGCAGGAGGACUGGGAGCUGAUGAGACCAGACUCUGGCAUUGCAGUCAUCUACUUCCCUUUCCUGGCAAACCCGAAAGUUGAGGGAGUGGAUCCGCGCAAGUCAGACUUCAUGUCGACCUGGAACUUUGUGUAUACACCAGACAACAUUGAAAAGGUGGUGGCAUUAGCACGGGCGAACUUUGAGGAGGGCGAGGAGCAGACCAGGCGCACGGUCAGGGCCGUGUACGAGCGGAAGAAAGCCGCAAGGCUUGAGCGGGAAGCUGAGGCAAGGGAGCGGCGGCAGCGGUGGAAGCUCCGGAGUGGGCGGGCUGGGAAAAAACUUGGAGAAGGCGACCACGGAGACCAUUUCAGCUGA